GCCAAAUCAAUCCUGCAGUUCCCCUACUACGCAAAUUCUGCUUUUUUUGAGUAUUUACGCUGAAUUCUGGCUCAAUGGCAAGAGGGAGCCGUAAUAGAAGCAAGGAAUCACGUUCUAAGAAACGUCAGGAGCAAGAACAGGAGCUCCAGGACCUUGAGGAGCGUGUUUCUUCUUUUUCUGAAGUUGUUGAUCAUUUUGAGGAUUUACCACUUUCACAACCUACAAAAAGUGCAUUGAAGAACGCUCACUUUGUAAAAUGUACAGAUAUCCAAAAGAAAGCGAUCUAUGUCGCUCUAAAAGGACGCGAUAUCCUCGGUGCUGCUAAAACUGGUAGCGGUAAGACGCUUGCAUUCUUAAUUCCCGUCAUUGAAAACCUGUAUCGCAGAAAGUGGACACCUUAUGACGGUUUGGGAGCUCUUAUUAUUUCUCCUACGCGUGAACUUGCCAUGCAAACAUUUGAAACUUUGGUCAAAAUUGGUCGUCUUCAUUCGUUUUCAGCUGGUCUAAUUAUCGGUGGAAAUGAUUAUAAACAGGAACGAGAUCGCCUUUCACGUAUGAACAUUCUUGUUUGCACACCUGGUCGACUUUUACAGCACAUGGAUCAAGCUAUCAAUUUCGAUACCUCGUCUUUGCAGAUGCUGGUUUUGGAUGAGGCAGACCGUAUUUUGGAUAUGGGUUUUCGUAAAACGCUGGAUGCCAUUAUCACAUCGUUACCCAAGAAAAGGCAAACAAUGCUCUUCUCUGCCACACAAACUUCGGUGAGCGAUUUGGCUCGCUUGUCUUUACAUGAUCCCGAUUACAUUUCAGUACAUGAACACGCUGAUCAUGUCACUCCUGACAAUUUAAACCAGUUUUAUCUUGUUGCACCGCUCCCAGAGAAACUGGAUAUAUUAUUUGGAUUCAUUAAAACUCAUUUGAAGUUGAAAAUUAUCGUUUUCUUCUCAUCCUGCAAACAGGUUAGAUUUGCUUUUGAGUGCUUCAAAAGAUUACGGCCCGGUGUGCCACUGAUGCAUUUACACGGUAAACAAAAGCAGGCAUCUCGUACAGAAAUUGCAGCCAAGUUUACUUCCACAAAGAACGCCGUCCUUCUUUGCACAGAUAUCGUUGCCCGUGGUCUUGAUUUCCCGGCAGUCGAUUGGGUAGUACAGGUUGAUGCUCCUGAGGAUGUACAAACUUACAUUCAUCGUGUUGGUCGUACUGCUCGUUUUGAGCGCGGCGGUAAUGCGUUGCUCAUGCUCCUUCCUUCCGAGGAAGCAUUUUUAAAACGUUUGGACUCGAAGAAGGUCCCAAUUGAGCGCAUUAACAUUAAGGAAGGUAAAAAAACUAGUAUCCGAAACAACCUUCAAGCACUAUGUUUCAAAGAUCCUGAUCUAAAAUACCUCGGACAGAAAGCUUUUAUUUCAUAUGUGCGUUCUGUUUUCCUGUUAAAGGACAAGGAGGUUUUUAAAGUGGACGAGCUUCCCACAGCUGAAUUUGCGGACGCUUUGGGUCUUCCCGGCACUCCGAGAAUCAAGUUUCUUGAAAAUCGCAAAUCCAAUGCUUCAAUUAAGAAAAAAGAAGGUAAAACGGCACUGGAAGCUAGUGACGAAGAAGAAUCCGCUUCCGACGAUGAGGAAGAGGCUAGUGAUGCAUCUGAAUCGUCGGAGGAAGAUGAAGUCAACUCCUCGAAGAGAACUAUUCGCAGUAAAGUUGACCGAAUGUUUGAACGUAAAAAUCAAGGCAUUUUGGCUGAGCACCGUGAAAAAUUACUUGAACGUUCAUUCAGCGGUGCUGUUGCUUCUGACAGUGACUCGGAUGAGGACUUCAUGCGUCUUAAACGAGUGAGUCAUGAUUUAGAUGAUGAAAAGAAAGAAAAACCUUUCUUAAUCGAUUCUAAACGAAAGGAGAAGGUUGCAACUCACAAAAAGACACUCCUUAAAUAUAGACCAAAUCCGGAGAAGCUUGUUUUUGAUGAGGAAGGUAACGCAGUUCCUUUCUACGCUGUCAAUAACGAGGACACUUUCCUGAAGGAUGGUGCUGUCGCUGAACAAAUUACUUCACAUUUGCAAAAGGAACGGGAAGCUCUGACACAAGCAGAUCUUCAAGACAAGGAGACAGUUCGGGAGAAGCGACGUGAAAAGAAGCGGAUUCGCAAAGAAAAAGAGCGUGCAGCAAAUGGCUUUGCUGACGAUAUUGACAAAGAUGAUCUCGGUAGUGGAAACGAUUCUGCUGCCUAUGAAUCGGAAGGUGCUGAAGAGGAAGCAGUACCGGUCAAGAAACAAAAGAAAUGGUUCCAAGUUGACGAGCCUGAAGUUGACAGAAAUAUUGUUGAGACCGAAAUGCCUACGACUUUAGAGGACCAAGAAGCGUUGGCUCUAAGAUUGCUUGAAGGUGCUUGAAAUUCUUCGCCUCCUUCGCAGCAAAAAAAUAACUCAUCAUUUUGGGAUUGAAACCUAUGGCGGAAUACCAUUUUGUGCAUUUCAUAGGAAAUAAACAGUGUUUUGGAUUAGGGUUUAUAGAGGCUAUCAUAUUUAAUUAUACAAGUAUUCCAUUCAAAAAGUCAAAACAUUGUAAUUAUCAUAAAUACGUAUAUUUUUUACUCUAUAAGAACAUAAAAAUCACUAGUAAAU